CUAAGUGGAGAUCUCAAGAGUCUGGAAUUAGACAGGAUUGUUUUACAGAGUCAAACAGAUAGAAUGGGUGGCAUGAAGUGGCUGGUAUUUUUUGUCAUUCCCUGCAUCUCCUCACAGGUUGCAGCUCAAUCAGGUUUCGAAUUAUCCAAGUUUUCGGCAACAUCCAAGACUGUUUUUCUCACAUGGACCCGAUAUCCCGGAGCAGAAUCAUACAGGAUAAGCACUGCCCGUACAAGCUCACCAAACGACACCAUUGGUUUUGUUUUGUUUGGUCCAAACACACUAAUGGGCUCUAUCAGCUACUUGUCACAAGGAGUUGAGUACAUCUUCACAGUUGAGGCUUUGGAUGGAUCACAAAGGACACUAGCCUCUGCCUCUACCAACACGACAACAGCCCCCGAUAGUAUGGAUCCUAUCCACACCAUCAAGCCCAAGAACAGCAAAACUUUGAUUGCUGAGUUCAACUUGAAAAACGGAGUCUCUCAGUAUAUCAUCAGAGUGGUGAACGAGCAGGGCUUCUUCAGAGAAGACAAAGUGUCUUCCUCCCCAGCAGAGAUCACAAAUCUCAGCCCAUACACUGAAUAUUCGCUCAGCAUCAUGGCCGUGAACAGCGCCGGCCGCAGUCAGCCGUCAACCACUGUAACAGGAAAGACAGUUUUGCCUCCCCCUCAGUUCUUCACUUCCUCUCCAACCAACGACAGCAUUGUUGUCUCCUGGGCUCCUGUGGAUCAUGCGGUCCAGUACACUGUUUCUAUGCACAAGUUUGGCUUCAAUACUGAAAUAAAGUACAACACAAGUGACACCAACCUGACCAUCUCAGGCUUGGAGGCCGGUUUGCUCUAUAUGAUCAAGACCUCUGCUUGGGACCCCAUCGGUCGAAACGGAGAGGACAGCUUAUACAAGAACCAAACAACGCGACCUCCGGCGCCAUCUUCUGUCAACGUGUCAGUGGUGCUGAAUAACACGGUUGCUGGACUCUCUGUUUCCUGGGACCUCGAGAAACAGGUUUAUGGAUCUUUAGAGUAUCAUGUGAUGAGCAAACAGAACGUCACCUGUGACACCACCUCCACCUCCUGCAUCCUGCCUGUGAACUGUGGAGAGAUGCACACCAUUCAAGUCAUUGCAUCUAAUGAGGCUGGGCCCAGCUCCCCAUCCACCCCAGUAGUCUUCAUCACUUUCCCCUGCCCUCCACAGUCUUUGGCUCAUGCACCAUCCUCAGAUGGAAACUGCACUCUGACGUGGAACACAGUCCCAUACGCAGACAAAUACGAAGCCUUCAUUAAGAGAGGCGACGGUAGCGAGGAAAACUGCAACACCACCAACAACAACUGCACCUACCGAUGCCUGUGUGGCCACACGUACCUGAUGUCUGUGCUGGCGUUCAAUGAAGCAGGGAGCAGCCCUCCUGGAAAAGUUAUCAACUACACCACAGUACCCUGCUGUCCAGAGAACGUAGCCGUCUCUGCGGUGAGCACGGACACGUUGGAGAUCACGUGGACGGCCUCGAUGGGAGCAGAGCUGUAUGAGACCAGAGCUGCAGACGCCUCCGAGGUCAUCCUCUGCAACGACACGGCUCCAGUGUGCGCCCUCUCUGACCUCAGCUGUGACAGAGCCUACAGCGUGGUGGUGACGCCCUGUAAUGAAAUCAGUGGAUGUAACCGUGAUUGUAAAGCCCACACCAAAGACACAGCUCCCUGUGAGCCGACCAAUCUGCAGCUCACUCUCCAGAACUCCACGGUCGGUGUCAGCUGGACAGCAAACAACAGAAAAGCUAACUACACAGUCACAGCAAACGGAGAUGAUGGCAAGCACAUCUGCACCACUAGUGGAAACAGCUGCAACAUCACUGACCUUCCCUGUGGCUCCGUUUAUGAAUUCAGCGUGAGGGCGACCAGCACUGCUGGCCAGAGUCUACCCAGCUACACCAAGUCACAGGAAACAGAGCCCUGCUGCCCGAUGAACAUAACAGUAAAUCAGGUGACUCAGGCAAUGACAAACGUCACAUGGUCCCACGCCAAAGGAGCCCGCUCUUUCAUCACCUCCCUGACCUCCCCACGCGGUCACGCUCGCUGCCACACGCAGGACUCGCACUGCCUUAUGGGCUGCAUCACCUGUGGCACUAACUACUCUGUUACCAUGGAGACCUACAGCCCCACUGGGCACUUGUCCACCUGCACGUACCAGGGAUUCUCUUCCAGCCCCUGCUGCCCGUCGGGCGUCAAGCUGUACAGAACGACCGACAACUCCUUUCAGGUUUACUGGCGCUCCACAGGCAGCCAAUACAGCAUCAUAGCGGAGCUGGUGGGGAGCAACAACAGUUACAACUGCACUGCUUUGCCCGGGCAGAACAGUUGCAGCAUUGACAACGUCCAGUGUGGAGAUGUCUUUCAUGUUACUGUAGCUCCACUCACAGCAGAGGGCGUAAAAAUCCUCUUCUGCCCACAAAGACUUUAUUCAGUUACUUGUUUGGGGAGCAGCAUUGGCACAGUGAUUUAUAGAGGAAAGCGGAGCCUGGCCUGAUAGAUGCUUCCUUCUCCCAGAGGCAAGACAUCUUCAUCUUCUUUCUGCAUCAACUCUUCUCUACUAGAAUAAACUUCAUAGUGAAACACAGACCGAGAAAAUUUUGACAGAAAAUAAUCAGCCUUUUGACAAAUGGAUAAUGAAGAAUAAAUUGUUAUUUUUUUGUUGUUGUUUUUUUUAUGUUGAUCAUCAUAUUUUUUUAAAUGCCUUUAGUGGUAUUUAUAGAAUUAAAAGAAAUCAUUUUGGCGUGGAGGCUACACUAAAACACAACUCCAUGCUCAAUCAUGUGCACAAAUAUGUUUAAAAAUUCUACAUUUACAAAUACGUUUCAAACACAAAUGUUUCAGCAAUCAGAGCACAUUUUGUACUGAAAGAACCAAUUCAGAAUGUUGUUAUUUUCAGCCCCAAGUUGAAGGCCUCCUGUGAUGAAGCAGCAAAAACAAUCUGUUGCACUUAAAAAACAGAAGAUUGUGUUUCCACAGUGUUGUUUUUCUGUUGAUCAUUUUCAGGAUGUUAUUGAAGUGUUUUGAAAUAUGUGAGAAUGUAUAAAAAAGAUCCAUAUUUCAUUUAUUAAAGAAUUCCAGCAUCA